ACCUCCGCUUCACAGUAGACCAAUUGGGCUGAGAGGUUUGUGCACCAGCUGCAAAAGGCUCCAUCUGUCUGACUUACACACACUCAGGUGUCAGAAAGAAAUGGGUAACUCAACAGGAAGCACCGUGGAUGACCUGCAGGCGGUGGAGAUGCACCUCUGGUACAAGAAGUUCAUGACUGAGUGCCCCUCGGGUCAGCUCACCCUGCACGAGUUCAAGCAGUUCUUCGGGCUGCGGGGGUUGGACCCCGAGGCCAACGCCUACAUAGAGCAGAUGUUCCGCACGUUUGACAUGAACAAGGACGGCUACAUAGACUUCAUGGAGUAUGUGGCCGCUCUCAGUCUGGUGAUGCGGGGAAAGAUGGAGCACAAGCUGCGCUGGUAUUUCAAACUUUAUGAUGUGGAUGGCAACGGCUGCAUCGACCGACAUGAGCUCCUCAACAUCAUAAAGGCCAUCCGUGCAAUCAAUGGGAAUGAGAACCAGGACAUAACUGCUGAGGAUUUCACUAACCGCGUGUUUGACAGGAUUGAUAUAAAUGGAGAUGGUGAGCUUUCCUUGGAGGAGUUCGUUGCAGGUGCUCGCAGUGAUGAGGAUUUCAUGGGGGUGAUGAUAAAAAGUCUGGACCUCACCCACAUUGUGGCCAUGAUCCACAACAGGAGGCACAGCGUUUAAGGCCUGCCUAGUCCGCCUGCCGUGUCCUCAUUCAUGAUUUAACCCGAGAGCUUCAGUGUGCGUUGCCUCUGGUAAAAAAGUCAUUUAUAGACUGAGAUUUCUAUUAAGAUUGAAUCCAGUUUAAUAUAAUGCCAGUAUACUGCAAACACUGACAUUUCUUAUUUUUAAUCUCUAAAAGAGUGACACACGUGCACUUUCAAUACAUUUGGAUGACUCAGUCAACCUUUGCAAGCUGGUCAUUGUCCUUGUUUAAUGCUGCUGAGCUCUCCCAAGGCUACCUUGGCAUAAGGGAUGAUCUCUCAGACGGUCCACUUACCCAGAUACCCCGAGGGAUAAAAGAGGGAGAUAGUGAAGUAGAGUGGCAAUUAUAUGCACUCAAUGCUUUCCCAAUCUUUUUUUUUCCACUCUGCAUCAAAUUACUCAACUCUCUGUUUACCCGUUUUUGCCUGUGGGGUUUACAGGAGGAAGCUAUGACUCUGCAGUGUGCAUAACAUCCAGGCUAAUUUGAUUAAGUCAAACGCUGUAAUACAGCAACAGGUAAAGGUUUUUGAAGAGAUUUAAUAGUGUGCAGAUACAAUUCUCAAAUGUUUACUUUUUUUUACAUUUUUAACCUUUUUUUAACUUUUUGAAAUAAGUUGAAGCAAAAAGCGAAACACUGUCUUGAGGUAUAGUAGCAUUUUUGUGAGUUGGUGUACGAUUUGCUGCCUGAUCAGCAUAAAUACAGAUAUGGAUAGAUUACCUUUAUGUUCAUUGGCUACGCUCGACUGGUGCCUUCUGUUGGAAGACAGCAGAAAGUGUGUGUGUGGGGGGGGGGGGUUCCGGCUUUUGCUUAUUUGUACAAUAAAAAUGAACAAUUUAAACCUA